AGAAUUACAUCGCAAGAGAUAUUCGAAGACAAUGGCCUUCUUAAAGAAACAGACUAUAUUGAUAGCAAUGGAUGGUGGCAAGGAUUCUGAAUGGGCCUUUGAAUGGUAUUGUGGUAAUAUGCAUCGUCCAGGUAAUAAUGUUAUCAUCGUUAGCUGUUCUCAGAUGACUGACAGGUUGGCUGCUGUUUCUGCAGGGAAAGCUGGUAAUACUGAUGUUAUAAAAGGUUUUAUAGAAAACGAGAAGAUGAAAAUGUCAGAUGAUUUCGUCAAAUACCAAUCAAUGCUGCGUAAUGCAAUGAUUGUGGGUAAAAUAAUAACAUCCUGUCACUCCUCACCAGGUCAUGUUAUCAUUAGCACUUCUGUCCAUCAAGAGGCGUCCAUGAUUAUUAUGGGAUUACGUGGUUACAACACCGGAAGUCAUCCAUUAGGAUCAGUUUGUAAUUUUGUCGUAAGUCAUUCACUGAUACCGGUUAUAGUUUGUAAAUAUCCAGACAGUUUUGGUAAUAUUCUGAACAUAUGUGAUUCGGACGAUAUUGAACGGGAUACAAUCUGUAAUCCGUCGUUUCGUAUUGUAGAACCUCGUAACCGACGCUGGAAUAUUCAUACUUCUAUGGAAAAUGCAAAGGAUGAACGAGACAUUGAAAAUCAAAACAGGUGUGUGCCAGAGAUAUAUUGCAAAGAACCAAUCCCAGACGGUCUAAAGUCACCUUCGUCAGUCCUGGUUAACAACAGUAAAGAUGAUUUGAUCGAAAAAACUUCACACAAUUCCAAUGUCAUUGGUCAAAGCAAUCCUAUAUCAAAAUCAAAUGAGAUUUUGGAUUCAGUACCGGCGAUUAACUACACCAUGGAGGCUGAUUCUCAUGGACACACGUCUCCGGACGAAAUAAAUAACAAUUCAGUUCACGUGGAAAAUUCGCCGCACAGUCGUGCCCAAUCACAGAACAACUCGAGACAAGACAUGUGCGAGAACUUUGCAUCGGCAGACGGUGGUACUGAUAUUACAGUAGAAUCAUCCGAUGGUGCACAAAAAUAUACUAACUUACAGUUGGAUGACUAUUCGGUUGCUGGAUGUGAACUUAUGGAUAAGGCGGUGAUAAAAAGCGAUUCGAUUGAAGCAGACGUACCCACUGGUCAAGAAGAUGCCAAUUCUCGUAACAGUGGCGAUCUUGAGGUUGUGGGGAUUAAAGAAAAUCUUGAUGUAGCAGAGGAGGUGGUUGAUGACGGUCAGCCCAAUCAUGUCCGCUCGGAAAGGAAUUUGGACGAAAAUGAUCCUAGAAAGAUCAAAUCUGGUGAUAAUGAUAUGGAUGGUGACGUUGCGAAUGAUGGGGUUGGGGAGGUGGUUGGUGACUAUGGGUCCAAUAACUCCCAGUCGGAAAACGAUAUUGUAGAAAACGAUCCCAGCAUUAUGGAAGCUGAUGAUAAUGAUACCGAUGGGGAUGUUGGAGGUAAUGUCCUGCAAGUUAAGGACUCUGAUGGCGAGCCGGCUUACAAUACGGUGGAAAGCUCAGUUGAAACUAUUAGCGAUGGUGCUAAUAAUGACGGCGUUAAAGUAAAGCUGACUUACAAAUCGGUUGGUUGAGGUCAGAUUCCAGAGGAUGUCAACAACAUUACGCUUUAGACACGACAUCAGUGCAUUAACAUUGAAACU